AUGUCUUCCCCCUCUGCCGCCACCAGCGAGGUGGUCCCGACUUCGAAUGUUGUACCGACAUCUGCAGCAACAUCGAACGCUGCUCCUUCAACCUCGGCAGCGGUUCCAUCUUCUGCCUCUCAGCCUGCUACCUCGCAGCAGCCAACUUCAGCGGCCCCGACAACUUCGGCAGUACAGCCAACCACCUCAGCCUCGAGCCAGGCGCCCUCCAGUUCGGCGCAGCCAACAACAUCUCAAGCGCCAACCUCAUCAGCUCAACCAACGACAUCCAACCCACCAACUUCUGCGCCAAGUUCUUCAGCCGCUGCCUCAUCAAGUGCCCCUGCCAGUAGCCAAGCUCCCGUCACAAGUAGUGCCGCGCCGAGCACCUUUGUAACCACAAUUAUUCCAACUGAUGGCGGAAGUACGCAGACCAGUGUAGUGGUCGUAACCAGCACAAUCAAUGGUGUUGACAGCACGGCAUCUUCCACCUCAUCUUCCACUUCCAGCCCUUCCCUGACACCCGGUGAUUCGUCAGGAAGUGGCAGCUCGGGUCUCAAGACUGACGCUAAGGUCGCCAUUGGUGUUGUGGUCCCCAUUGCUGGCAUUGCUCUGAUUGCGAUUGCCGCCCUGUUCUUUUGGAGGAAGCGAAAGGCCCGACUUGCCGCUGAGGAGGAGCGCCGCAAGGAGGUUGAGGAUUACUCGUACAACCCCAAUGCUGAUCCCACGAUCCCUGGUGUGGUUGAUGGUGGCUAUGAGAUGAACGAGGAUACCUCAGGGGGCUACCGCGGCUGGGGCACCACCACUCUGGCCAGCUCCAACGGUCGCAAGGCAUCGACGACGCUGUCGGGAGGCAAGAACGCCUACUCUGAUCCUGCAUCCCCCACACAAGCUCCCAUUGGCGUGGCACGGUCUGAUGGCGAGAUCCUGGGGGCCAUGAACAACAACGGCAACAGCCGCGCCGUGGGUGUUGACCGUGGCCCUUCCAACGCUUCAUCCUCCUACAGCGCUGCGAACCGAUCAGAUGGUUCCGAUAUACAGGGCGGCGUUUCAUACGGACAGGGUGCGACGUACUAUGACGUGCAAGAUCAGGAACCUUAUACCGAUGGCCAUUAUCAUGACACGCCCGCCCAGCCCGUCAUCCGCGAUAAUCCGGCCCGCCGCAACACACGCAUCGAAAACACAUCACAUUAUCCCCAGCAAAGCGCGGGUAUCUCCCAGAAUUUCUAA